AAGAUGGCGGCGUCGGGGUCUGUGAAGCGCGGGCGGAGGCGACCGCGACGCCAGUGAGGGGCCCGGGGACGUGGGCGGCUCCGGGCUGGGGCCUCCCCACGGGACGGACCAUGCUACGCUCCACCGGCUUCUUCCGGGCCAUCGACUGUCCCUAUUGGUCUGGGGCGCCCGGGGGUCCUUGCCGGCGGCCCUACUGCCACUUCCGGCACCGCGGGGCCCGGGGCCCGGGCGCUCCCGGCGGCGGCGGAGCGGCGCCCUCCGCAGCAGGGCUUGGUUAUGACCCGUACAACCCUGAGCUGCCCAAGCUCCCGGCACAGAGAGAAAAUGGCAUCCUGGGCAGAGGGGACGAGCCCCACUCAGACAUCCUGGAGCUGGAGCUGGUCAACCAGGCCAUCGAGGCCGUGCGCUCUGAGGUGGAGAUAGAGCAGCGGCGGUACCAGGAGCUCCUGGAGACAGCCCGCGAGCACGUCUCUGCUGAGGUCCCAACCCUGGCACCCCAUGGCCCUGCCACCAGCUUGGAUGAGGAUGCCUUCCCACUGUCCUUUGAUUACAACCCUGGUGGCCGAAGCCUGUUAAGCCCCAAUGCUAGCUACCAGCCCACCCCACUGGCCGCUCCUACUGAGCUGGGCAGCAAGUACUUGCUGGCUUCUCUGGACCCUGCUCAGGGCCGUGGCGGAGGGGGCAGUGGUGCUCUGGAGUACGUCCCCAAGGCCGUGAGCCAGCCCAGACGGUACAGCCGCCCAGUCUCCAGCAGCAAGUAUGUGGUGGAUGACUCCAAGCCGUCCACUGACCUGGAGUAUGACCCACUGUCCAACUUCUCCGCUCGGCUGCUCAGCAGGGCCAGCUCCAAGGAUAGCCGGGCCCCUAAACGACCCCGGGGCUCCCGUGCCAACAGUGAGCCCUACACACCCGCCCUCAAGAAGCCCUGCGACCCCUUUGGUGGCUGCGAUGCCAGAUUCUCUGACUCAGAUGAUGAUACUACUGUAGCUCCGGGGGACAGGCCUGCCACUGCCACCCCCCUGAGGGCCCAGGCAGGAGCUGAGAGCAAGGGUCCUGGCAAGCCAGGCUCCAGGGAGGGCCAGGAGCCCGAGGAGGGCGGCCUUCGGGAGACCAAGGAGAUAGCUGUGCAGUAUGAUGUGGGGGACCUUGGGCAGCCUCCCAAGGACCCUAAGGGGGCAUGCCUGGCCAAGCCUGUCUCCUCCCCAGCCAGGGCCUCGAAAGAAUGCAGCAGCCACAAGAAGGGAAGAUCCAAGAAGAGGAAAAGUGGGGUGCCACCGGCCCCUGGCCCCAGGGAUGGUGUUCAGAAAACAGACAGGAGUAAGGAUGGAGAGCACAAGAGGCCAGCUGUGAAGCCCUGUGUGGACAAGAGGGUCUCACAGGCCAGCAUCCCCCAGCGCAGGGCAGAGAGGCCCCAAGGGACCAAGAAAAAGCCAUCUCUGGCCACCUCAGUGGUCAGCUCAGGGAAAGGCCGGACUGACCAGCUUCGGCUGCAGCCAAGCCCCAGCCCCACUGGCGGGGAUGCCUCCCAGCUGCCAGACAGGACGGGGGGGAAAACCCCAUCUGGGAAGCUGGUGGAGCGGAAGGCCCACUCGCUGGAUGAGGGCACCUCCCAGGCUCCCAAGCUACAGAGGCGGACCCUGAGCCAUGCAGACCUCUUUGGGGAUGAGAGUGAGGAUGAGGACCCAGGGCCCACGGCACCUGGACCGUGUCCCUCUGCCCUCCCCAACCUCAGCUCCAGCUCGGACUCGGACUCGGACUCGGACUCUAGCCUGGGCCUCUCAGCCACGCGGGGGCCGCACAAGCGCCUCAAGGCCUCCCCUCACCCCUCGCCUUGCCCAGCCUCCCUCUUGUUCUCAUCAUCCUCCUCCACAUCCUCCUCCUCCACAUCCUCUUCCUCCUCCUCCUCUUCCUCCUUGGGGGCAGGCAAAGAUGUGGAUUACUCUGCCCUGGAGAAGGAGGUCGACUUUGACUCUGACCCCAUGGAGGAGUGCCUGCGCAUUUUCAACGAAUCCACCUGUGUCAAGAUGGAGGACAGGGGCCGGAAGGCUCGGCAGCCCCCCAAAGAAGAGAAGGUGGAGGACAAGGAACAAUUGGGUCUGACCACUCUGUUCCCUGGGCAGAAGAGGAGGAUCUCUCAUCUCACCAAGCAAGGCAAGGAGUCAGAGCCCGUGAGGAGAGGCCUGGCCCCCCCCACCCGGUUCCCCACCGCCCAGGAAGUAUGUUACCGGCGAGCUCAGCAGGCUCAGAAGGAGUCAGCCAGCUGGCUCCAGGCUGCCCAGCAGCCGGCCGAGAAGCCGACCUCCAUCCACAUCUCAGUUCCCGGAGAGAAGAGGAGGAUUGCCCACGUCCCCAACCCCUGCCUGGCUGCAGCCUCCACAGGUACCAAGAGGACCCUCCCGGCCAGCAGCAGCCAGCCUCCCAAUGGCCUCGAGCUGGGCAGCCAGCUCCUAAAGACGCGCACGCUGUCAGGCAUGGCGUCCAAGACCACCAGCACCGUUACCCCCAAGCGCGUGGCACACAGCCCAUCUUUACAGAGUUUAAAGAAGCCUAUUAUCCCGAAAGAGUUUGGGGGCAAAGUCCCCACCGUCAUCCGCCAACGAUACCUCAACCUGUUCAUUGAGGAGUGUCUCAAGUUCUGCUCCUCCAACCAGGAAGCCAUAGAGAAGGCGCUGAAUGAGGAGAAGGUGGCCUACGACCGAAGCCCCAGCAAGAACAUUUACCUGAAUGUUGCUGUGAACACCCUCAAGAAGCUGCGGGGCCUGGUCCCCAGCACUGUGCCUGGUCUUAGCAAAACUAGUGGCCGGAGGGUUGUGUCCCAUGAGGCGGUGCUGGGGGGCAAGUUGGCUGCCAAGACCAGCUUCUCACUCAACCGCCCGAGCAGCCCCCGUGUGGAGGAUCUGAAAGGGGCUGCCCUGUACGACCGCCUCAAAGAGUACCUGCUCACCGAGGACCAGCUUAAGGAGAACGGCUACCCCUUCCCACACCCCAAGCGGCCGGGGGGCGCUGUCAUCUUCACUGCUGAGGAGAAGCUGCCCAAAGACUCCUCCUGCAGGGUCUGCUGUCGCUGUGGCACUGAGUACCUCGUGUCCCCUUCGGGCCGCUGUGUGCGUGAUGAAGAAUGUUACUACCAUUGGGGGCGGCUCCGCCGGAAUCGAGUGGCUGGAGGCUGGGAGACUCAGUACAUGUGCUGCUCGGCCGCCAUCGGCUCCACUGGCUGCCAGGUUGCCAAGCAACACGUGCAGGACGGCCGCAAGGAAAACCUUGAGGGGUUCAUGAAGACCUUUGAUAAAGAGCUUCCAGAAGAUGCUCACCCCGGAAUCUAUGCCCUUGACUGUGAAAUGUCCUAUACCACGUAUGGCCUGGAGCUGACACGGGUCACAGUGGUGGACACCGACAUGCAGGUUGUUUACGACACCUUCGUCAAGCCGGACAAUGAGAUUGUGGACUAUAACACAAGGUUUUCGGGAGUGACUGAGGCUGACCUUGCGGACACAAGUAUCUCGCUCCGGGAUGUCCAGGCCGUCUUGCUGAGUAUGUUCAAUGCUGAUACCAUCCUCAUCGGACACAGCCUGGAGAGCGACCUGCUGGCCUUGAAGGUCAUCCACAGCACCGUGGUGGACACGUCUGUGCUCUUCCCGCACCGCCUGGGCCUCCCCUACAAGCGCUCCCUUCGGAAUCUCAUGGCCGACUACCUCAGACAGAUCAUUCAGGACAAUGUGGAUGGGCACAGCUCCAGCGAGGAUGCCAGCGCCUGCAUGCACCUGGUGAUCUGGAAGAUUCGAGAAGAUGCCAAGACCAAGCGGUGACUGCCGCCCGCCCCCGCCCGCCCUCCUGCUCCUGCCUCCCACUGCCCCUGGCACACCCUCUAGCCCCAGGCCUCUUCCAAACAGUGCAAUAAAUCUCGAGAGCUAACCCUGUCCACGUCACCAAGAUGCGAAAGAGGAGAGCACAGGAGGAGCCACGUGGCACCCAGACCCAGCUCGGACCUACCUAGAGCCCAGGCCCUGUGUAGCCCCUUGUGCCUGCCCUGCGUCUGCCCAGAUUGCUCUUUUCUGGAGCCUGCUGCUGCUGACAGUGGAGGCUGGACCACCCACCGGGCCCUGCUUGUGUCCCUAGCAGUGACCCUGUAGGCUGACCACUUGUUCCUCCCCCCUCACCUGCCGGAGUGUCCAGUGGGCCAGGCAGUCUUGUCAUGGGUUUGUUUGGACAGGGGUUGUCUUUUUUUAUUUUGUAUGUUAUUUUUAUUAUUUUUAAUUUAAACCUGAUGACUUGCAAAGUUGUCUUCCCCCCACCUGGAGGAGCAAGACCCUGGUGCUGCUUUCCUUCCUGGGGGAUGGGAGUGGGGUAGGGGGAGCAAUCAACUGGUGCUGCCACAGCCACCAGGACCCCAGAGUCCAGCCUAGCCUGGGCCUGGUUGGGUGGGAAUUGGUCCCCCUCAACCCACCGGGACUCCCUGACCUCCAGGAACUGAGCCAGCCCCCAGGGCUCUGGCAUCUGAACACUUCCCAUCCGAGUCCCGCCUCUCUGGGAGCUGGCUGUCAAAGCCCACAGCCCCCUCCCCAAUGCCCAACCCCCAGGCAGGGACAGAAUAAAUGUUUGUAUGAAUUUUA